GAAUAAAAUAAGCAUAAAAAUAAAGAAUUUGCUACAAUAAAUUAGUUAUGGCAGGGAUUGUCAUACUGUUUUUAAUGUGCUGCGAUUAUGUUUGGUUAUUCAAUGAUUAAUCAUUGCAAACGCAAUGCAAUGCAAUUAACAUUUUACAUUAUAUUUAUUUAAUUGUUUGUUUGUUUAUUUAUUUAUUGGUUGGUUGGUUGGUUUAUUGAUAGAUUUUUAUUUUAUUUUUUUUAUUAAUAAAUCCAACAAUUUCUACCGCUGACGUCACUGUAAGGCGCGAUCCAUUGCGAUUUUACACUUGGUAAGUAGAACAGACAUCAAUAUAGACGGGAACAAUCCUUAAAUUUGCGUAGUAAUAAUCGUUCAAUCACGGUAAAAUUUUGUGUUUAGAACCUUUAGAAGUGCAAUGUGCAACCCAGUCUCACGGCAUUUCGUGAUUUGGUCACGAAAUUUAAUCUAUUUAUUCGUGGCAGGAACACGUUUAUUUCGUUAUUUUCGUAAUUCCAGCACGUUUUUUAAACUAAUGUAUUUCAAUUGGAUGGAUCUUUCGUGCAUAUAGCACGAUUUUUUCUGCCAGUCGGGCUGCAGUAGGGAAGCUAAACAUUUAUUCACAAGAUCUUAUCAAGACUGCAAUAUAUAAGAAUAAAUAGGAAUCGGCAACAAUUAACGAUCUAUGCCAGCGCAAGUCAAUAUUUAUCUGGUCAUUUUCAACUGUUUUUUAAUGUUAAAAGUCCCUCGCAGUCAACAGCUGUUUCCGUCCUGUAAUAACUGUGACGUCAUCGAAUGAGACGAAGGUCCAUGGCUGUUUCAACUCGGAAGUUGAGAUGAAGAACUCCAAGAACAUCUCUUGAUCUUGGAUAAGUUGGUUGAUGGUCAAGAACUAAAGGAUGAGCUCCAAAGUCUUGAUGACUUUCUUGGUGAACUGCAAGAAAGGCAGCAGCACCAAUAAAGACACCUGAGCCGAGGGUGCAUUGGAGAAAAAGAGACAUUGAUGGAAAUAUUGUCUAUGCAAGGCCAAGGUCAAGCAGGAAUCAACAAAAGAAAGCUGAUCACAUUCGGAACACUGAUCCUCCCAAUGCUCCUGACACUCAUUGUGAGGUGGCCUUGCUCCAGAGACUGUUGAGUGUAUUCACUGAACGAUUUCUCAAGUAAUGACGCAUCACCUCCUGGAACCCCAAGAGAUCCUCUUCAGGCUUCCUCAAACUGGAGCACACACAAAUUCUCUUUUCAGAGAGGUGGAGGACAGAGAGACCCUGUCUGCUGAACACGGCUGUGGCACAAGAAAAUGUGGCAGCACAUUUGCCAGAGUGUGGGAGAAGCCCAAGCUGUUAUCCAGUGUUGUGACUGACGACCUCGUCCCUUCUUCUGUGCUGAAUUUGACGUCAUCAUGUCCUCCAUAGCAGAGAUGCCAUGACUGCUGGAUUCUUCCAGCCAUUGCCUCCAACAACUGUUGUGGUGGAUAAGGCUCUUUCCCAUUGUGAAAUGAAGAUGGCGGCACCAGGACUGUCCUUUCAAGCAUUUUUAAGAAUGCUGGAUCAGCGAACUGUCUGCUUUGGUUGUACUGGCAAGAUCUCAGCAGACAGUUUUCAGAAACGUUUUUUGGCUUUGCGAUUCAAGGUGGACAAUAUAUUCAAAUCUGAGGAACCGGACAUCUUUGAAGGCAUCUUCAUAGCUAAGGAUGAGGAUAUUACCAAACUUGUAAAAUUGUCAGUGGAAGAGGUGUUUGUGGAGGGGAGUGGUCAGCAGCCAGAGAGACCUCCCAAAAACUGCAAGCAAGAUAGACGAGGAGGGAUUGGAGUUGUGGUGAAAUGGAGUAUGGCAUAUCAGGAUGGUUGUGGAUUAACACUAGGAGAGGAGGUGGAACAGUGCAAUGCCUUCCUCUCUAGGAUUCCAGUGACCACAAAACACAUUUCAAAAGCAGGAUGUGCAGACAUGCUGACUCUCAUGGCCAUGCGCUGGAAUCAGCAAAAAUUCGCCAAGCAAGAGACUGUUACCUACAAGUUUUGUCGGGAGCCGAGAACAUCAACUUCUUGUAUAGAAGUUGAUGAGUACGACAGUGACUUUGACAUUUCUGGUGAUGGUCUGUAA